AUGUCGAGUAGCCCAUCUGCAGUCGUCUUCAACUCGAAAAUAUACUGCUUUCACCAGGGUUCGGGAGACAGCUCCGACCUUUGGUACGACGUCUUUGACGGGAAUAGCUGGCAGGGUGACCAAAAAGUCCCCUAUACAACCUUGACGGUAGGUCCCGUGGCCGUUGUCUACAGGAACAAUAUAUAUUGCUUCCAUCAGGGCAAUAAUAAGAGUGGCCAGCUUUGGUACAAUGUGUUUGACGGCUUCAACUGGGCGGGAGACAAGCAGGUUCCCAAUACCGGCAUGUCGGCGUCACCAUCCGCCGUCGUUCACGAUGAUCAAUUAUAUUGCUUUCACCAGGGUUGGGGGAACAGUGGUGAGCUUUGGUACAAUGUGUUUGAUGGUUCAAACUGGAAGGGCGACAAACAGGUUCCUAAUACCGGCAUGUCAGGUGGCCCACCGGCCAUAACGGUAGGAGCCAAUGACAUGAUCUAUUGCUUUCAUCAAGGUUGGGGGAAUAGUGGUGAGCUUUGGUACAAUGUGUUUGACGGCUCCAGCUGGCAAGGAGACCAAAAAGUCCCGUCUGAAGGCAUGUCAGCAACGCCUUGUGUUGCAUUCUUCUACUACAAGCUUAUCGUGUUGCAUCAAGGUUAUGGGGAUAGUGGCGAGCUUUGGUAUGACUGGCUCUCCGGUUCCACCUGGAGUUGCGCUUCCAAAGUUCCCUACACUGGUAUGUCAGAAGGGCCAAGCGCCGUGGUAUACAAGAACAAACUUUGGGUCUUUCAUCAGGGUGGUGGACACAGUGGCGACCUUUAUUAUAACAUUCUUUCGAUCUAG